AUGGGUAGAAAAGAUGCUGCCACUGUCAAACUUCCUGUUGAUCAGUAUAGAAAGCAAAUUGUCCUGGCUGUCUCCUGUGGCAAGAAGCUGCCUCCAAACUCUCCCCGGUGGGCUCGGGCGGCCUCUGAUCUGGGGAGCGCGCGCUCGGGCCGGUCCCUCUCCUCCGAUGCCGACCCAGCGCCGCGCUCCGCUGCGUUCAAAAUGGACCCCGCACCUGUCUCGGCUCCCCACCGCUUGUCGGAAGUUGGCCUUGUACUUGCAGCUAUAUUGGCACUACUACUGGCUUUCUAUGCUUUCUUUUAUCUCAGACUGUCCACGGAUAUUGACCCUGAUCUGGACUCAGAUGAAGAUUAGCUAAGCAGCAAUGAAUGUAUUAAAGGGAAAUAAUUUUACAAAAGCACCUUUUGGAACCAUUACUUCCAAUACUAAAACUGUAACAUCUUGAAUUCUUUCUGUUG